UUCAUGACGGUUGCGCGUCAACUGUGGGGAUUUUGCCCUAGUCACGUUGUUUCCUUGUGUUUUAGUUCCCGGUGCGAAACGAAAAGAAGCCCCCUCCAAGACUCGAAAGUACUGUCGUAAUCUGGCUACGACAGGCAUAGUGCUAAAUACUUUGGAGCAUUACGUUUUCUUCCUGUUUUAGAAUAUUACGUUUUUAUUGUUUGGAUUACUGCUGAUCAUGGGACCACUGUGACAAAUAAUUUUGCUUUUAAAAAGAAAUGACUAAUUAAAUUUUGACACUUAACUUUUAGAUUUUAAUGAUAUUAUUUUAGACAUUAUAUCAUACAGGUAUGUUUAGUGCUACUGGAUGAUUAAAUCUGUAUUUUUAUUGAGAAAGAUGAUUUGAUUUCUUACGACUGUCAGAAAGCAUAGCAGACUGCUAAAGCGGCAAGUACUUCAGAAAGCAAUGAGUUCUUUAUCAGGAAUUAAGUGCUGGGGCGAACCCUUACCUCCCCAAGAAUUUUUAAGGAAGUACGGAUUGCCACAAAUAGUUAGGGUUUUUGAAGGCAACCGUGUCCAGGGACCGGCACGGGUUGACUUGGACAGACCUCUACUUCUGUACAAGGCAUAUAUAUGUCAACAAGUUCAUGCAAGGAGUAUAGAUAGAGAUAAAAAUGGUGGUAUUACAAGUGUGGGCCCGCCUUUGAUAUUACCAGAUACAUAUCCUGGUUGGUUAGCUGUGAUAACUGAAGAAGGCCACACAGCCGGUUACUUCAACAGUGUCUGUGAAGUGGCCUCUGCUCAGGUGCCCUAUUUCCUGUCCAGGGAACAAACACAGGGAUAUAAAGAAUCCACAGACAGCAAGGGUUCUACCAAAUAUGUUAAAGUGAAGAUAAAAGCUGGCGAAGUGCUGCAGUUCCUAGGUGCAUACGAAGACACUACUUAUUCUUCGAAGCAUUCCAAACCUCUGCGCUAUGCCAAGGUAGUUGAUCGGCAAGGAGACCUCCUGUUUCUUCCAUUCCCAACGCCUGGAAAGUUCUUUUCAGUUGCUGGACGGAGAACCCGUAGCAUCAGCCAUGUCUACAGACUGUCCCAGUUGUUGGCCGUGGCCAACCUUCCGUUGACAGUGAGGGUCGUCAGUGGUGACAGACCCAGAAGCGCUCGAUGUCCCUUUACCGGUCUUCUGAGGCUGGAAUGGUCAGAAGAGAGGCAUGUCAUUCUGGCAUGUGCCCUGAAAGGUGGUCUAGGAGGUGGAGAGCCUACUCUUUUGGAGGUCGAUACAGGAAGUGAAUUCAGUUUCUUAAGGCCAUUAGAUGACCAAAAAGCUAGACUUUCAAAGGCAUUCAACCGAAUGCUUCGGUAUUGUAGCGAACGGGGCGAGAGCUGGCGACAGCAGAUCAAAGUAGCUCAUCAUGUUGUACCGACAAUGAAGUCUUCUCAAAAUGGUGGCGGUUCUAGCGGCGAUACUUACGAAGAUGAAGAUUCUGCUGUGAGGUCGUCUACCGUCAAGUCCAUGUCCUCCACCAAAUCCUCUGCAUCUUCUAGGCUUUUCAAACGCCUGCGACUCCUUCACCAAAGUUGGAAAGGAGGCCUGCACCGAAACAACAGCAACAACGCCAGUGGCAGCGACGACAGCGGCAUUCGCAGGGACAGACUCCCACCUUCCACUUCGGACUUCCAUUUGUAUGAAAGAGUGAGGGACGCGAGGGGGUACGCUCAAAGAGCCAGCUGGGGACGAUCAUCCAUAAGCACUGAAAUCCUAGACGACGAUGGAUAUGUGACAUCGGACUUCGGGGGCGAAGAUUCGUCCACUUACGAUUCUGUGUGCUGACCGUAAAUUGUUUCUUCAUCGUGUUGGUGUUAUAGAUGAUGGCCAAGAGAGUGAGCCGAGGAUGUCGAGUGGAUGAUGAUAUAGGGAAAAAAAGAUGGUUCAUAUUAUAUGAAUGCUCGUGUUAUUUGAAAUGGAUAUCAUAGCUCAUUAUUUGCUGUCUUUCAAGAAUCGAUCAAAGUUUUGGAAGUAGAGCUGGAGAUCUUGAAUUUGCUUCCUUAUAUAUUUUGCUGAGAAACUAGUCCGUUUUUCUCACAAGAAAUUUAGUCAUUUUGAUGCUAUCGACAUUUCUAAACCAAUAGAAUCAAUAAAUUUGUGCAUAAGCAUGUUUUUGAUAACUCAAAAUUUCUACUCAAGCUAUAUUCCCCGCUUCAAAGUUCUAUCUCUUUUGGUAAUAAUGCUUAUGAGCUUAAAUUUUUUUUAAAAAAUCUGAGAAUUCUUUAAUGUUACAGAAAUAUAUGUUGAAUUAAUUAAAAAUUUUCAUAGAUUUGAUACCAUUUAUAGAAAAAGUGCGUUUUCAUACAUUUUCAUGCAAAUUAUUCAUCGAAAUCAUAAGAUUUAGUUUAAUUUCUCAUAACCUCGGGUCUGUAUAGGAAAGGAUAUCCACAAGAGACAAAAAGGAAUUCUCGGCUCUCUGGCUCGAACAAAUUAAAAAUUUGCGGCGGUAGCGCAUAUCUUUACCUCGAAGUCGAUCGCAAGUUUUAUUUGUAAGGUUUUUAGAUGAAAAUUGGAAUAAAUGUGCUCUAGUGUGAAAAAAAUUUAAAAAAAAAAAAAAGGUUCUGGUGCCUUAAAUUAUUUGUAAUGUUUGUUGCUUCCGCUUAGAAUUGUUACUUCUGUAAUUGUGAACAUACUCGUCUAUUGGGAGGCAAAUAUAAUCAUCUACUGAGUCUUUCCUGUAUUUUUAAGCCUUUUAUGUUUAUCAUAUUUUACACAAACAAUGUGAAUUUAAUCAUUGUCCAGAGUGAAAAGAAAAAAAACCUGUUAGGAAAACUAUUUUUAUAAAGCUAAUAAAACACUAUUAGUGCUCA